UGAAAAGUAGUACCUAAGCAAGAAGGAAGCAUUUGCCAUUAUAAAUUGACUUGUGCUGGUGAUAGACAAACCACCAAACAAUGGAAGAAGUAAAGCUACAUGGAUUUUGGGCUAGCCCUUUUAGCCACAAAGUGAUAUGGGCUCUGAAACUAAAGGGUGUGAAGUAUGAGUACAUAGAAGAAGACCUCUCCAACAAGACUCAACUGCUUUUACAGUAUAAUCCAAUUCACAAGAAGAUUCCUGUGCUUGUUCAUGGCGGCAAACCAAUUGUUGAGUCCGGCGUUAUUCUUGAGUACAUCGAAGAGACUUGGCCGGAGAACCCGUUGCUGCCGGAAGAUGCCUACGAGAGAGCCAUGGCUCGGUUUUGGAUUCAAUUUGGAGAAGAUCGGAAGGCUCUCAAAUUUUUCACCUAUGGAAGUGGAAAGAAACAAGAGGAAGCGAUCAAAGAAGCAUUGGAAGUGCUGAAAAUCAUGGAAGAGAAAGGGCUUGGAGAUAACAAGUUCUUUGGCGGCGGCGCAAUAGGAUUAGUAGACAUCUCAUUUGGAUGGUUUGCUUAUGGGUUCGAAUGCAUGGAAGAAGUGGUUGGUGUAAAACUGCUAGAACCAAGCACUUUGCCUCGCUUGUGUGCAUGGGUUCAAAAUUUUAAACAAGUUACGGUCAUCAAAGAAAAUCUUCCGAAUCGCGAAAAACUAUUGACCCAUCUCAAAUGGUUUAGGGAGAAGGUGCUCGGUAUAUGUUAAUUUCUGUUAAUUAAGAGUACUAAGAGGAGUUGACUUGAAUAUUUAUGAUGUUAGAUCAUUAUUUGCACAAAGCAACUGCUCUCGGAACGAGGCAACAUUACUUGUUUUUCAUAUGAAAUGUUAGAUUCUCUUUUGUGUGUGCUCCAUUGUGUGAUUAUAUAAAGGGGCGAUAUUUAUGAAUUAAGGGUGAACAAAAAAAACCAUGUAUUGUAAGAGGAAAUAUUGUAAAAUUAUAAUAGAAAAAACUUUCAGAUUUAAA